AUGGUCUCCGCACUCAUUGCGGCAUUGCCGCUCCUGUCGGUGGCUCAGGCCGCCAUCAUUGAACACUGGUGGAACAUCUCGUACACCACUGCCAACCCUGACAGCCGCUUCGAGCGCCGAGUCAUCGGCGUGAACGGUACAUGGCCUCCACCCGUCCUCGAGGCGACGCAGGGCGAUGUUCACCUCAUCCACGCCUACAACGGCAUGGGCGACGACAAUAUCCCCACCGCUCUCCACGCUCACGGUAUGUUUUUCAACAACACCAACUACUGGGACGGUGCGACAGGUGUCACGCAGUGCGGUAUCCCCAACGGCAAGACGCUUGACUACCACAUCGACACAUCUCUCCACCACGGUACUUACUGGGUCCACGGCCAUUACGAUGGCCAGUACGUCGACGGUCUCCGCACUCCCUCCAUCAUCCACCCCAAGGACAACCGUACGGACGGCCUCACCUGGGACGACGAGUACACCCUCAUCGUGUCCGACUGGUACCACGAACAGCACCACGACUUGAAGGUCAACGAGUUCCUGUCCUGGACCAACCCCACCGGUGCCGAGCCCAUUCCAAAGUCGGCAGUCUGCUACGUCGUUCACAACGGCCAGUACAUCGGCAACAUUGCCAACGGCGAGGGUGUCACUGCCGACGUUAAGAACAACGCCAAGAUCAACUUCCAGCCGGGCAAGAAGUACCGCAUCCGCAUCAUCAACAUGUCUGCGCUUGCCAUGUUCCACAUUGGCAUCGGCGGCCACAAGUGGUCGGUCAUUGAGACUGACGGUAUCGACACGGUGCCGUACGAGAUCGAUCUUAUCGAGGUUGCUGUUGCUCAGCGCUUCUCGAUGUACGUCGAGGCUCUCAACCAGACCACGGACAACUUUGCCUUCAACAUCAUGCAGUCGCCCGACAUGUACGACGCCGAGCCCGAGGAUCUCCCCAACCCGCCACACGACCUCAACGUCAACAACACCAUUCAGAUCGUCUACAACGACAACGCCCCCGCGGCCGAGAUCAUGGAGUACGAGUCUUGGGGCGACCCAAUGGACGACACGUGGUUCGUGCCGCUCGCCAAGGAGGUCAUGGUUCCCGCCGACGUCGAGUACACUGUCCACGCCAACUUUGACACCUACGACGACGGCACCAACCGCGCUUCGUUCACUCUCGACGGCGGCUUCCAGAACACGACCUACCGCAGCCCCAAUGUCCCGUCGAUAUUCACGGCCAUGACCAUGGGCCAGGAUGCCACGAACCACGCCAUCUAUGGUGCCCAGACGUCCGUCAUUCCCCUCGAACACCUGAAGAUGAUCCAGCUGAACGUCCACAACUGGGAUGCCGGCUUCCACCCCUUCCACCUCCACGGCCACGUCUUCCAGGUCGUCUACAAGUCGUUUGACGUGACCUCAAAUGACAACGCGACUAACCCGCCCUUCAACCCCUCGCAGGAGAACCCCGCCCGCCGUGACACGGUCACUAUCCCGCCCGGCGGCAUGGUGUCGCUCCGCUUCCGUGCCGACAACCCGGGCGCCUGGUUCUUCCACUGCCACAUCGACUGGCACUUGACCUCGGGCCUGGCCCUGGUCUUCGUCGAGGCACCCGACGUCAUGCAGCAGACGCUCCAGAUCCCCCAGCAGCUCAAGGACCUCUGUACAGACCAACACAUCCCGGCACAAGGCAACGUUGUAGGCAAGUUCUCAACCACCGACUUCAAGGGCCAACCAUGGGGUCCCUUCCCCGUGGUUAUGGGCUGGACGCCCAAGGCCAUCGGCGCCAUGGCCGGCUGCAUCAUCACUUUCCUGGUCGGCUUCGCCACCAUUGUCUGGUACGGCACUGGCGAGCUCAACGAGGAGGACCUGGAGGAGGAGGUCCGCCGUCACAUCGAGGCCAAAGCCAACAAGAAGCCUCUGUGGAAGAAGGUUGCGCGCCGCUCGUAA